GGUAAAACAAGAAAUAUGAGAGUAAAUGAAUAUUUUCUCUGGUUAUGAGUCUUCGAACACAAGCUGAAGGUAAACAGACCGUCGAGAAAGAAAGUGAAACUUCCCUUCCUCUUCCUCUAACUGUGAUAAAUCUAGCAUAAUUACUCUUAAAAACUGUAGUAACAAUGAAGCCUUCAGGUGCUAUUAGAUAUCCAGUACAAGGUGUGACCCUCCACAGAGUAGCUGCCGGGAAGAGGUCCCAAGGAGAUGGCCAGGAACAGGUGGAAGCCCCCUCGUCUCUUGUAUGUGAAACGGGAAAUUCUGUCAGUGGCGAGACAGCCAAACAGAAACCCACCCUACACACUGUCGAGGAGAAGGCUAAAACAGAGGGAAAGCCCUUAGACCGGAAAACUAAAUCAGAACCAAAGUUGAGUCUAGGGGGUAAGAAAGAGGGUGGAGGGCCCAGGAGGCUGGGAUCGGAGAAGUACUUGCCCGAGGUGGCUGACAUCGCCCACAAGCUGACGAAGGUGUCUGUGAUGUCCACUCCAGACACCCACCUCCUUAACACGCCCCCAAAGGACAUGCAAACCAAACGCAUGAUUCCAGUUCUCCCAAGCUCUCCAAGUGGCGGAGUUGCUGCAGCACUUUGUGCUGCUGCCAGAGAGGGGUCUACAAGCCUCUACACUCAGAAACGCAAGGAACCAAAGUUUGUGCCGUAUGAGCCCUACAAAGGCUGCGUGAAGCCAAUUUUCACCAAAAAGAAGACAAAAGUGGUGCAGCAAGAAGCAGCAGGGAAGUCUGUUCCAGCGGUAUCAGAGGAGAAGGACAGUGCCUCUAAAACAGAGCCAGUAGCUGAUGAACAGAAGACCACAGAGAAGCUAAACAUCAUGGUCAAGGACUUUGAGCGCGAGAGAGCGUCGUGGGAGGAACAGACCAAGGUGCUUAUCGAGGAAAAGAAGAGCAUGGAGGAGCAACUGAGCCAGAUGAAGAAAGACAAGACCAAUUUGGAGAAUCAGUUGAAGAUUCAGUCUCAGGUCAAUGCAGAACUCAAGAAACUCUUGGUGGCUUCAGUGGGAGAAGACGUACAAGGCCAAGUGCAGGUCCUCACUGAAGACAAGGCGCGUAUGGCCACCAUGAUCCGGCGGUACUCGGAGAGGGUUGACCGUGAUUAUGAGGAAAAGGAACGGAUGGAGAUUCAGUGCGAUGUUUGGCGGUCCAAGUUCCUCGGGAGCAGCAUGUUGGUAGACGAGUUGGCAGGGUGGAAGGCUGCUCUCAUGCGACACAUCGACGAGGCGGAGGAAGCCCUUCACGUGAUGAUGGACGAACACGACAUGGCGAGGCAACAUGUCCUGAACAUGUACAGGAUGAAUAAACAACUGCGCGAUGCAUUCGACCCCCUCGCAGCACAAUCGGGCGGUGUUGCUUCCCUCACCUCAGCCGACCUCGUGACACUGGCUGUGGAUGGGGACGUGCUUGCAGAGACGGUCCGGGAUCGGCUCCUGGGCGACUUAGGGAGGGCUGUGGGCUGUGGGCUCUCAGUGGAGGGCCUUGAGACACAGACCCCUGGCGAGAAGAUGGCACGACAGGCUUGUGGGAAGAAAAUCAAGAAGCCGUUUGUCCUGGGCUGGAGGAACAAAGACGGACGGGCGUCAUGUGAAGGAUGCAGCACCGUCUCCCCAGGACGAAACGCCAUGAUGCACCGGUUCCAUCCCAACACACGUUACGAACAUGUCACCGUCAACUGCUGUGCCCACUGCAAUGGGGAGAUAAAAGUUGUCUGAUUCAUUUCUUAGUUUCUCCUCUCAUGUUUCAGUUUAGUUUAGUUCAUUUCCCUCUUUCUUUUAUAGGGUUUGGGGGAACAGAAAAUUAUGUUGAGAUUAUAUUAUAAUUAUUAUUAUUAUUAUUAUUAUAUUAUUAUUUUUAGUUUAAGAUUUUUCUUCCUUUCAUUCUUUCCUUCUUAUGCCUCAUUCUGUGUCUUUCUUCUAGUUCUUAGGGGCUCGAGAGCGAGAGAGAAAGUAUGUAAACUUUUUCCGUUUAUAAAGUUUUUUUUUUUGGGGGGGAGGGGUAAAUGAUUACUCUUUUAACUCUAUGUGAUAAUGUAGAAGAUGAAAAACAGAGAAAUUAUGUCAAGUGAAGAAGGAGAGAGAGAGAAAGAUAAUGAUAUUAUGGAUUGUAUUUUUAUAUGUAUUUUUUUUUUAUUCUCUCUCUCUGUCUCUCCUUCUUCAUUUUUAUGAUAAAGAAAAUAAUGUCAGAUUUAUAUAUGACUGUGCUAAUACUUAAGAUAUAGUGGAAAUGAUAAUGCGGUGUAUUUUAAGGUUGUAAUAGGAAAUAUUUUUUAUUCAGAGUUUUUUGGAUGGGUAGGAAGAAGGGAGGGAGAGAAUUCCAUAUGUU